UCUGAUGCUCCUCCUCUCUCAUCACCGUGCCAAACCCCUCUGUGGGCUUGCACCACCACCUUUCUCAGACAAGACCCUUCUUGUGUUCGACGGGAAAACAUGGCAGAAGUAGACGCUCGGGCCGAUAGAAGAAGCGAGGGGAUUGUGAUCAACGAUGACUGGCCAGGUUACAGUUUAGAUCUCUUCAGCUACCCCGCUCAUUACUCCGGAGAUUUAGACUGUGUCAUCGUUCCACAUGGCGUGAUCAUGGACAGGACAGAACGUCUUGCUAGGAACAUCAUGGACGACCUCGGCGACCAUGACAUUGUGGUGCUGUGCGUGCUAAAAGGAGGCUACCAGUUCUGUGCUGACCUGGUGGAAAGGAUCAAGGCUCUCAGCCGGAACUCCAACCACACAAUCCCCAUGAGGGUCCACUUCAUCCGACUCAGGAGCUACCUGAAUGACCAGUCGACAGAAGAUCUUCACAUACUGGGAGCGGAAGACCUGUCUUUUUUAGCUGGAAAGAACGUGCUGAUUGUUGAGGGCAUUGUUGGCACCGGAAAGACAAUGGAGACUCUUCUAGAGCACGUAAAAGCCUUCAAACCCAAAAUGAUCAAAGUUGCAGGGUUGUUGGUGAAGAGAGUUCAGCACAGCUUAGCCUCUGUCCCUGACUAUGUUGGCUUUGAGAUACCCAAUCGUUUUGUGGUCGGCUAUGCUUUGGACUACAAUGAGUAUUUUAGGGACCUCAAUCACAUUUGCAUUAUUAGUGAAAGUGGAAAGAAGAAAUAUAAGGUUUGAAGACAAACGGCGACAGAAGGCUCUGUCAUGUGGAUGUCCUUUUUACAGCAAGCCCACACAUUUUUCUGGAGUUCUCUGACAAGUGGCUGUGAUUGCAUCUAAUCCCCAACUAUAGCUGUGGUUACAUUUCAUUUUACGUGUUUAUAGUUCAAUAGGGUAACACACCACAAGUAUCUGUGAUUAUAUUUUUUUAAUAUAAAGAAAUAGUCACACUACAUUUGUUUACAUAUAUAAAAAGCUGCUUAUAUUUAAAUAAGGGCUUGAUAAUAGGAAGUUGUAUGCUGUAAUGUAUGUAAACAACAAAGGAAACCUUUACAAUGAAAAGUAUAAGAUAUUUCAAUACAAUAUGAACACUUAAUCAUUUUUCUUUACUUGUUUUACAGUUUUAUUAGGCUACUCUUCUGUCUAUGCUCAGGGGCCAACAAUGUACAGUAGUAUUGUCAAAACUAAGUGUCCUAACUACCUCUAACUUUUUCUAUUCCUAAGUGUUUGAGUUGGUUUCUUUUAACACACUGUUUUAAAAAUUGUAAAAUAAAAAAAAUUGGGUGUGGGGAAUAAAAAUAUUUCAAAUGUGAAA